AUGAGUUUUAGCAUCUUGGCUGUGGAUUUGCUCAAGUAUGGGUGCUUCCCCAAGUUCCAGGACUGCCGCAAGGACUUGCAAGAGUUCAACCCGUACGCACUGAACCUGUUUGUGUCGCACCGCUGGCUCAGCAAGGAGCAGGCCGAUGACGGCCGCUACUACAAGCAGUUUGUUGGCUGUCUCCUUCGCAUCAUCAACCGUUGCAUCAACAUCAAAUUUCUUGACGAUGAGAAAACAAGCAUGGGCAAGAUGUUCAACCCGGAGUACCUGCAGGAUCGCAGCAUGGGUUACGACCUGUUCCGGCACAUCUUGACGCCCACCAAGGACGAGGUGGCCUUGCUGGAGCCCUUCCUGGACACCGCCCGCCUCUCGGAGGAGUGCAUCAGAGACAUCUUCGCGUACCUCAACGACAUCAACGUCUGGUUCGACUGGACGUGCGCGCCGCAGCACCCGCGCUCUGCAGAGGAGGAAGGGCUGUUUCAGCAGGUCAUGGGCAACUUGCACACCAUCCUCGAGCACUCGUACACCGUGUGCCUGUGGGACGGCUCGGAGUUCUCCCGCGGCUGGUGCAUUGUGGAAGUGCUGAUCGCGCGCACGCUGCGCCUGCUCAUGUUCUACGACGUGAGCGAGGCUUACGACACCCGCGCGCACCAGCGGGAGCGCGCCGCUCCGCUGAACAUGAUGCAGGAGGUCAAGGAGAUGUCCGCGGCCCGCGACAAGACGCCCGCCAACUACUUCGACUUUGCCUCCCAGGCCCCAGAGUACCUGGCGGAAAUUGAAGAGCUGGACACGGCAGACACCAUCCUGGCUGCGUUUGAGAAGCACGGCAUUCAGUGCUCGUACAGCACCGACGCGGACAAGGUGGCCAACAUCUACGCCACCUACAAGCAGAAGUACAAGGACUUCCAGCGCCUGCAGCCCAUCUACUCCACGCGCGUGCCAGCGGACUUUCGCAGCAAGAUUGUCAACACGCUUCGCAACCUCUACGAUGGCGGGGAGAAGCUGUUCAGCCCGGUGCUGUUUGAGUACGUCAGCGCCCCAUCCACAACGCACAGCGAGGAGAAGUACCUGGCGUUCGUGCAGGCGUCCAUUGCCGAACCCUUCUACUGGGGCAUGAUGGUCACCUUCUACCCGCGCCUCAUCACGACGGAGGACCCCGUGAGGCUGCUGGAGACCUUCUUCUUUGGGGUGGAGGACGCCACGGGUGUCGUCUACAACAACGACCUCACGUUCACCACCGAUGACCCCAUUGAUGAGAACAUUGCGCUUGUGCGGAACUUCCCGCGCGUGCGCUGCAAGUACGACUUCAACCUUGGCUUGGUUGCCAGCCACGUACCAGACCUCCUUCGCAGCAUUCGUGAGCUCACCAUCAACGGUGAAGUGGUUGCACGCGCCAUGCACUACUACGAUGAAGGAGAAAGCAGCGGCUGUCGCAAAUGCCUGAUCAUGUAA